AUGUCGACAACCUCAGCGCAUCGCACCAAGCGUCCUUUCCAGCCGUCAAUUACCUCAUACUUUGCCCGCGCCGACCGCUCCGAUCCCGAUGCAGCUUCCUCGCCCAUCUGCGACCAACCUCCGCCCCAGGGUCUGGCCGCCGUCCCCGCCAAUGUUCAAGCCUCGCUCCUGAACGUCGGCAUGCGCGUGCGCAAGUCCGUCCCGGAAGGCUACAAGACACAUAAAACCCUCCCUCCUACCGCGAACCCAAGCAUUCCAUCACACGUCCAGUACAAGCCGCAAGCGACCUUUGCUCCUACCAUGCCGACCAGCCGUCCGACCGAGCUCCUGCCCUUCUGCGGCAUACACAAGACGGGCGGUUACGACGUCCAGCAGCAGUCGCCAUCCUACUUCCACCACGACGCUGGCAACGCAAGCUCGGCACAUGCCGUCGACGCCCACGCGUUCGCGUCCCCGGCCGACGACUUCGGCCUCUCCAGCCAGGAGUCCAACGCCUCGACCAUCUCGACCGACUCGCUGCCCACCAACAAGCGCCGCUACGAAGACGAUGAGGACGGCAUUGGCGAGCAUGACCUCGCUGCGGACAACGCGCGGGGCGACAACGGCGACGGCGCCAGACCUCUCUUUCCCUCGCUGAACACUGGCUUGGCCGUGCCCGCCAGGGGUGACGACGUCGACGAGCUGCAGAUCUCGCCGCGGACGGUGUAUCCGGUGAGCCACACGGUCAUGCCGAACCUUGGCGCGCCGAUGAGGCCGGUCGCGAGGCCGAGGACGAGGAGGAAGAACGGCGAUGUUGCCGGGGCCCGUGGCGGGGGCCGCCGACAGGCGGUCGACGAGGACCCGUUGGACUUUGGAGAGGCAGACUUCUUGAGACCUCCGUCGUCAGAAUCGUGGGGAGGAGACGUGGAGGUGGAGAUGGGUGGGAUUUGA